CCCGCGUGCCCCCCCCCCCCGCCUCGGAGCCGGCUCCCUCUCCCCCGCGCGCGCGGGCGGCGCGGGCACUGUCUGCCAGGGCGGCCGGCGGCAGCGGCGGUGCGCGGCGAGGCUGGCAGGGGCGAGAGCGGCCGCCUGAGCUGCCCCCGGGAGCCCGCCCGGCCGCCUCUCCUCAGCCGCCGCCGCUCGCCGGGGGGCGCGUCCCGCCCGCAGCCGCCUGCAUGACACUCCGCAAGGGGGAGAGAGCGACCAUCAGCAUCCAGGAGCACAUGGCCAUCGACGUCUGCCCCGGCCCCAUCAAGCCCAUCAAGCAGAUCUCCGACUACUUCCCCCGCUUCCCGCGCGGCCUGCCCGCCGCCGCCAGCCGCCCCGCCGCCCCGCCGAGCCGCCCGCCCCUCAGCCCCGCCGAGCCGCCCCGCGACGAGGACGAGGACGUGGACCGGCUCUUCGGGGCGUACGGCGCCAGCGGCCCCGCCGAGCAGCCGGCCCCGCGCCCGGCCGAGGAGGAGGCGGCGGACGCCGAGGGCUACGAGUCCGACGACUGCACGACGCUGGGAACACUAGAUUUCAGUUUGCUGUACGACCAAGAAAACAAUGCUCUCCACUGCACAAUCAAUAAAGCCAAGGGCCUGAAGCCAAUGGAUCAUAAUGGUUUGGCUGAUCCAUAUGUCAAAUUGCACUUGCUCCCAGGCGCUAGUAAGGCGAAUAAGCUAAGAACAAAAACUUUGCGGAACACUCUGAAUCCCACCUGGAAUGAAACCCUCACUUACUAUGGCAUCACGGACGAGGAUAUGAUUCGCAAGACGCUAAGAAUUUCCGUCUGCGACGAAGACAAGUUCCGCCACAAUGAGUUCAUCGGGGAGACGAGAAUCCCGCUGAAGAAGCUAAAGCCCAACCAAACCAAAACCUUCAGCAUCUGCCUGGAAAAGCAGCUGCCGAUAGAUAAAACAGAAGACAAGUCCCUGGAGGAGCGUGGCCGGAUCCUCAUCUCCCUCAAGUACAGCUCCCAGAAGCAAGGCCUCUUGGUCGGCAUCAUCCGCUGUGCACACCUGGCUGCCAUGGAUGCCAACGGCUACUCCGACCCCUACGUGAAAACCUACUUGAAACCAGAUGAGGACAAGAAAUCAAAGCACAAGACAGCAGUGAAAAAGAAAACACUAAACCCUGAAUUCAAUGAGGAAUUUUGUUAUGAAAUAAAGCAUGGUGACCUGGCAAAGAAGACCUUAGAAGUCACUGUGUGGGAUUACGACAUUGGAAAAUCAAAUGAUUUUAUUGGUGGAGUAGUGUUAGGAAUUAACGCCAAAGGUGAGCGGCUGAAGCACUGGUUUGAUUGCCUGAAAAACAAGGACAAGAAAAUAGAGCGCUGGCACACACUAACGAACGAGCUGCCGGGGGCCAUCCUCAGCGAUUGACCCUAAAGACAGGCCCGGGACCCCGAAGAUAGCCCAGCUCUCUCUCACAACCAGAACCAGGAACAGUUCAUGCCUUUGGACUUCUAGUUUACUUACUACAUUAAAAGGGAUACUAAGUCAGCAAGAAAGAGUGGCUUGGUCAGGCUGCAGGGAAAUACCACUGAACAAGACACAAUUGAUUUUCUCUGUUCAGUGGGUGUGCUCCCCUCGGGUUUUCUCCUAGGUGUCUCUGAGCACCCCCUUUCUCCAACACACACAUACACACGGUCAAUUGAGAGAAAACAGGCCUGCAUGCACUAGAAUUGUGACUUAUUUGCUAACUAUUUGAUAUACUGAAUUAUCUUCUUGCUGCCUUGCAAAAUGAAUGGAUCACUUUUUGUUUGUGUAGCUACUAUGAGCAAAAAGCAUUAUUAAACAUGGAACUAUUUUACUGAGGCGACUGUGCCACAUUUCUGGUUGUCAAUUUCUGUGGUUUGGGCCUGAACAGUCUUUAUGCACUUAAACACUACCUUUUGGAAUGAUCGUCUUCUCCAAUAAUCUAUAAGGACUGUUUGCUUUUCUUUCAGAAAUGUAAUGCUUGUUCUGUCUGAUAAUCUAGAUGAAGUAUACCAGUAUGCUAAAAGGGCUGUGCAGCUAUAUAAGGCAAUAGCUUCCUUAUAUAAGUCCACCUGGGAACGGUAGGCACGUGCAGCCUCACCAGGAAUAAUACAAGGCUUCACAUUUGCUAAGAGAAGUUUUGAUAUUUAAAAAAGAUCAGAAAAUCAACAGACAAUUCCAUUCCAGCACUUACUCUUGCUCUAUUACAGACAGUGGGACUUCACACUAGCACUUCCAUGCAGCUGCUAUUUUUAGGAAACCAUGAAUCUGCCUUUCUUCCUGUCAAACAGCUGGUUUGAACAGGACUAUUUUUCACUGAAACUUACCUUCAGAUUUUACCGUUAGUGCAAACAUUUCAUUCCGGUUAGUGAGAAUGAACAGAACCCCCGAAGACUUGCCACUAGCUAGAAGGGCAAGAAGAGGCAGACUUGAUGCUUCAGUAAGUGCCAUGGGUCAAAUUCUGCCUUUGGUUACAUGCACAACAACCUUCAUGGACUCCAGUGGGCAUUACACACGUGUAAGGGACAGAGAAUUUGGCCUUGUCUCUUCCUUUAUUCAGCCUUCGUAACAGUGUAUGUAACUCCAUAACUCCCCAGGUAGGCCAAUUAUCCAUUCCUUUCUACAAAUCUGUUCUUUGCAUCGGUCUGGCUCCAGUCAGUGUCCAAAGACUUAGGCCCUGAUUUUGCCCCACUGACACCAUCGGUAGUUUUGUGGGAGAACAAUCAAUCCCUGGUGGAAUGUGCAAGUCUGAGUUAUUGAGAGGGAUCCAAUUGAAUAAAAAGCUCAUAGCUCCCAAACCAAACUUCUCUACGCGGCCAGUCACACCAUACACUGGAUCAAAGUUUCCUCUCUUUCUUUCAUUAACCACACUGUUCUAUUUUCCUAACCAUUUCCAAGACAGUUCACAAGUUUUUCUGCAAACACAAGAAGUCACAAAUGAGCUAAACUAACUGCAAAAUGCUGCAUGUUGUCAGAAUUUUCAGAAGCCUUUAACACAUGCAUUAUUGAAAAGGUUCAUAGUUACAUUCAAGUCUUUAUUCUCUACUACAUAGUAAUUCAUAAACAUGUAUUUUUGGGCUGAAGACCACUUUGGGGAUCAAUCAGAUCUCUUUAGACCUACAUUUAUUUUUCAAAGUUAUAAUAAUAGUACACCUUGUUAGAUAUGGGAAAACCUUCUUAGGUCUUUUUAACAAUGUAAUAUUUGUAGUGAAUUAUGCAGAUAUGCAUGAAUUUUAUUUGAAUGCUAACAGUGUGUCAAGUUAGAUGGUCUCACCAAUUCUCUCUUGCCCAUGUAUGUUACUUUUCCAGCACUUUAAAAUAUAGCAGGAUAUUUAGGGCUUGAUUUCAGAAGUGCUGAGCCCCCACAGCUCUUACUGGAGUCCAUGGGAGCUGCGUGUGUUCAAGGGCUCUGAUAAUGAGGCUCUUAGAAUGGCCAUGAAUAAUAGGGACUCUCCCUUUUUGUCAAAGUUAUUUUAAAAGUACCGUUUGUUUAAGCAUAUAUUUUGCCAUAACACUAGUUUAUGCCUAAUGUGGAGUGGGACAUAACGUGUGCAUUUUUUCAUUUUGUAUUUGUCUUUUUUAACUGGGCUGUAUAUAUAAAUUGCAUGCAAGAUGGUUGUUGUCAUGCAAGAACUUGUUAAAUGUUUGAUACCAAUGUUUUGCUACAAUGUGAAGGCUGCAGUAAUUGUCCUUAACUGCAUCCUACAAGAAUUUUGUAUUUCAGUAUUAUCUACGUGUACUUAUUGUUGGAUUUGUUAAUAUUUAUAAAUAGAACCCAAAAUAAAAAGGGGAAAAAAAGGUGAAUUCUAAA